AUGUCUGUAAAGUAUAAAUUAAAAAAUUUAAAAAAAUUAGGAGAGGACAUUGAUGAAAAUUUUAAAGAUUGGAAAACAUUAUAUAGUAAUAUACUAAACUUCUUUAAAAUUACGUUUAAGUCAGACUCACAACAGUUAGGCGUACAG